AUGGAAGAACUCCUGCAGCAGCUGAUGAAGAGAGCGGGGUCCGCCGGCGGAGAAGAGUGGCUGCGGAGCUGUUUGAAGAUGCCGGCGCCGCUGCUAUCAAGCCCACCUGAAGUGCUGACAUCGCCGCCGAGCUCGUCUGUACCGCCGCUGGGGUCCCCGAUGUUACCGCCGCCGCCGCUGUCUCUGGAGCCGCCGCCAGCUGUUGAAGAAAGUCCGGUGCCAGCAUGGGGAAGCCGUCCGGAGCUGCGCACCACCAGAGGAUCCAGCAGCCGUUUCCGGGAGGAGGAGGCUGCAGCGCUACCCAGCAAAAGAGCUAGAAGUGCAGGGAGCGCUUGUACUCCUCCCCCGGGGGCGGGGUGUCGGCGCAGCACCAAUCGGAGAAGAGCAGCUUCUCAGAGAGGCCGGCAGUCCUCCAGGAUCAGAGAGUCUGGAAGGCAGAGUGGCAGUUCCUAUACAGAAGCUGUUCUCACUGGUGUGGAACGUCAUCAGGAUGCUGCCACUGAGGAGCUGCAGCAGGAAGUGGAGCAGCAGAUCCUGCAGGAUGAAUUGCAGGGGCUGCCUGUUGAGAGGCUCCCACCUCUGCUGGUUGAGCCAUCUCCGGGCCCCCUGGGAAGAUCACCACACCUAUCAUCUGCUGCCUAUGGUCCACGCCAGGAAGGACAGCCAGUGGUUCCUGAGGUUCCGGGAAUUAGCUCCGGAGGCGGAUCUGGAUGGGAGCCCAUGUCCUCAACAUCUGUGGGGCUUGAUUUGGGACUGAUGUCUGAAGCUAUUGAGAGGUCCUUGGCCCCGAGAACAUGGGCAGCUUACUCUGCCGCAUGGUGGGAUUGGUGGUAUUUUUUAAAUGCUUGCUCAAUGGAUAUUAAAGGGGAUGUUUUAAGUUGCGGUGUAUUGUUUGUUACUAGCUUAUUUAAUAGGAAAUUGGCGGCUUCAUCUGUGGCGAAAGUAGUGGCUGGCGUGUCAUUUUUUCAGAAACUGCGGGGUGAGAGGCCGUUAUCUUCCUUUUUUCAGAUUAAGCAGGCUCUGAAGGGUUACAAGAAAGGUAUUGGUAAGUUGGAUGCUAGGAGGCCAAUUUCUAUCUCUUUAUUGGGGCAGCUUUGUAAAGUUUUGUCUGACGUGUGUAGGGACCAGGGUGAAAUAUUGCUUUUUCGUACAGCUUUUGUGUUAGCCUUUUUCGGGGCUUUUAGGAUUAGUGAGUUAGUUGCGGCAAGCCGUAAUAGUGUGUCAGGUUUGGGUUUUUCUGAUGUUAUGGUGAGUAAUGAUAAAGUUGAGAUUCUUGUUAGGAAGUCAAAAACUGAUCAGUAUGGUAGGGGUCAGGUAGUUAGUUUACAUUCUUGGGUGGGUUCUGAAUUUUGUCCGGUUAAAUUGGUAAGGUGUUUGUAUGAGAUGCAUCCCUCUAAGUGUGGUUCCUUUUUAAUGCACCAGGAUUCCUCCCCUCUCACUAAAUUUCAGUUCAGCGCAAUUUUUAAAAAAUGUUUGGGGAAAUUGGGCCUUAGUUCUGCAAAAUUCUCGUCACAUUCUUUUAGGAUAGGUGCUGCGACGGAGGCUGCCAGGUUUGGGCUGGAUGAUUCAGUAGUUAAAAGAAUUGGGAGGUGGGAAUCUAAUAGGUUUAAAAUUUAUGUUAGGCCGAAUUUAAUGCUGCCAGUCUGAAUGCUUUUCUAUUUUUGCAGGAAGUCAGUUUGUGAUUUGGAUUGUGGGACAUUCAUUUGUUUUUUGGGCUCAGAAGCGAGCUGAAAAAAGAAUAUACUCAGAGAAUUUGUCGUUUAAUACAUCUGAAGUUCUUAUUCUUUGGCAGGGUGUUAGAGGGUUGUGUUGGAAAGGGUUAAUGGAUGAAAUUAAUAAGCUUAUUAAAAAAUGGCCUGUUCCUCAUUUGGUUAUCAUUCAUCUUGGGGGGAAUGAUUUAGGUAAGAUAAGGACCUGUGAGCUACUGUGGGUCAUGAAGAGGGACCUGGCCUUAUUACAUCAUAGUCUUCCUAGUACUAACUUAGUUUUUUCAGAGAUUGUCCCUCGCUUAGUUUGGUCCGGGAGGGACGGUAAAUUUAUGGAAAAAAUCCGGAAAAGAGUGAACAGGGCCCUUGAAAAAUUUCUCCCUUUAGUGGGCGGUUUUAGUUAUAGGCAUUCAGACUUGGAGGGUUUUUUGCCUGGCCUUUUUAGAUCCGAUAACGUUCAUCUUUCUGAGGUAGGGAUUGAUAUUUUUAACUUGGGUUUUCAGAAUAUAGUGGAGAAAUGGCUGCUGUCUUGUGGGGGGCCUCGCCUAUGUUAGGCGUGGCUUGUGGGGUAGUGUCGCUCAGCUCAUGCUGAGUGGAUCUUGGUCUUUAUAUGGUUAAUUUAUUAUUGGUCUUUUGGUAUCGGUUAUUAUGGUAUUUUUAAAUUAAUUUAUUUAUUUAUUUAUGGUUGUUAAAUAAUUUUAAGUGACCCUUAAUAAAGCUCAGCGGCCAUUUCCUCCACUAUGUUGUUGGUGUCAAUCAUUUAUUAGCGUUAAGUUAGUAUUAGAGUGUGUCAUUUGCCCCCAUGAAUUAACCCCACCAGAGCGUUUAGCUUGGGGGGAAGCAUGGGGGCAAUGACACCAUAGGUUUACAUAAUUAGGAUUGAAGUAGGAUCCAUGUCUCUUUCCCCUGUUUGUCUUUUCCCGCCCUUUUUUCUAUUACAGGUACAUUUACCUCAGAAAAAUGUGUUACCUGUAGUCUAGAAGAUUCCUGCUGUACAAGUGAAGAGCGCAGCUGAUUGGUGCUGGCUGUUGCUGGGGGAGAUUUCCAGCCCUCUGAUUUGUUGUUGGUUUAGUGGCGGGAAGCUGUUCCCCUUUAUAUUUACAGGUUCGGCAGAGCUGGCUCAGAUGUGCCUGAAGAACUGACCAGCGUCCCACCCCCCCUUCCCUUAUUUUCGCACUGUGUCACCUGUCGCUGGGCUUUAUUAGAGGGGUAGUGUCGCUCAGCUCAUGCUGAGUGGAUCUUGGUCUUUAUAUGGUUAAUUUAUUAUUGGUCUUUUGGUAUCGGUUAUUAUGGUAUUUUUAAAUUAAUUUAUUUAUUUAUUUAUGGUUGUUAAAUAAUUUUAAGUGACCCUUAAUAAAGCUCAGCGGCCAUUUCCUCCACUAUGUUGUUGGUGUCAAU